AUGCAUGUCAACAAAAAUAGGGCACGAGAGACUCGGCGACAAGAUGCAGCUGAUCAUUCGAAGAGGCAUGCUCAAGGCGAUGCUGCUUGUCCUGGCUCAUUAUCGAAUCAGGUGUCGGUAGGCACUACGAGGGAGCAAAAUAAUCUGAGGCAAGCCUACUCUCGACUGCACGACGGCAAAAGACAAAAAGAAGGCGUGCAGAACGAUGAGUCCACUUUACUGCUUCUCGGCUCGGUGCAGUCAGUCAAACAUAACGAUUUAAACCUUCGCGAACGUAAUCGCCCAGCUUCAAAAUCUGGCGACAGUGGCAAUAGGGGUCCCACCUCAACUCACAAUCCACUUUUUGGGAAAGGCACGCCAGCUCAUCGUUGGGUUCGAACUGCGAGCACUGUUCGCGGCAAUCGUUUGAAUGCAACAUCGCGGAAAAAUGGAGCAGCACCAUUUUCAAGUAAAGCGGAUUAUGACGUGUCCCGCAGCAUACGUGACAUUAUUCGGCAGCGCUCAAGAGAAGAGCGAGUAGCAGAGUCCAAAAAUCGCGCAGUGACACGGAGCACAGAUACACAACCGAGUCCUGAAAAACGCCAGGCCACUGUUGCACCUUCCCAAGUUGUCGACGGUAUCGGGAAAAAUGCCAAAUACAGCCAAAAGUUGCUUCGCGAUGAAAGUAAUGUCUGCAACAUGGGCGUCGAAUCAAACGUUGCAGGAUUAUCGGAUGGAACCUUCCCUGGAGCGCCGCAGGUACGCGUCGUUGACGGCCGAAUAGUAGUAAAUGAAAAGAGCCUAAUAGUAAGUGCUAUGGAUGAGCGUGCGUCAAUACUGCGUGACUUCAUACGUGUCGAAGAGAGUGGCAACAAACUCAACUCAGCGACUUAUGCGAACUACACGAAGGCAGAGAAAUGGACGCGGGAAGAUACUGAUUUUUUCUAUGAAGCACUUCGCCAAUUCGGGACGGAUUUUUCGUUAUUGCAGCGGCUGUUUCCUGGACGGUCUCGCCGGCAGUUAAAGAAGAAGUACUUGGUAGAGGAUAAAGUUAAUCCGUCACGUAUCGAGGCUGCGAUAAACGAUCUUAAGCCGCGACAGCAGCUUUACAGAAGCCUAAUCGACUUGCUGACAGUUCCAGAACAGAAUGCGAGCGUUGAGGAUGCUCGAGAAUUACUGUCGGACUAA